CUAGCGGAGUCAAGAAGAGCUCGAAGAAGUAGCCCCACGGAUUUAUAUCCAAAUCCCGGAAACGGACUGGGGCCGGCCGGUCACGGUCGCACGUCGUCAUCUCCACUCGACCGGUUCGAAGCUCGUAUAAAUAAAUCGGAGACGCCGGAGGAAAGGAGCUUCGGUCGGAGAUGGCGGCCAACCGUCGCAGCGAGGCGAUCGGCGGCGGCGGCGGAAGGGGGGAGUCGGUGGUCGUGGACUGCGGCCGGCGGAGGAGCUCCUGCGGGUACUGCAGGUCGCCCAAUCGGUCCAGCAUUUCUCACGGCUUGAUUGCGCAGAGCCUGACCGUGGAUGACUAUCAAGAUCUCCUUGAUCGAGGAUGGAGAAGAUCUGGCUCUUUCCUUUACAAGCCAGAUAUGAGGACUACGUGUUGCCCUGCUUAUACUAUCCGCUUAAAAGCAGCGGACUUUUCUCCUUCCAAGGAGCAAAAUCGAUUACGCAAACGGAUGGAAAGGUUCCUGGAUGGUACACUGGACACCAAAGCCAAGCCUGAGCUCCUGGAGGAUUUAAAUACUUCUAAAGUGGCAUGUGAAUGUGAAUGUCAUGGAAGGUCAAGCUUGGCAACGGUGGAAACUUCUGUGGACGUGGAGGAGGAUAAGAAUGAGCCAGAACAAUUUAUGCAUUACUUGUCUGAUGCAAUUGAUAAGGCUGUGCAGGCAUGCAUUGAAAGUGAGAUGUUUUCUGCCAAUCUUCAAUUACCUAAAGCUUCUGUCAAAGGAGUCUCCCCAACCAAGAAGAAGAAGCUAGUCAAAGGAUUGGAAAAUCUCUCGUAUACCAGUAACAUUGCUUUCCAGUUGGCUGCCACUUUAAGGCGUGCACGGUCAGAAAAAGAGGAUGAAAGACAGUCAAAGUUCUCUGGAAACUCAGCAGAAGACCAACUGCCUUCUGAGUUGACACCUCGAAGUAUUGGAGAAAAGUUGGCGCAGUCAUUGUCUCAGAUGGGUGAAACAUCUGGCUUCUUGAUCCAAGCAUGUGACGGACAUCUGAACUUUUAUUGUAUCUCAGAGCACGCUUCAGCGGAUAAGACUGGCCAAGAAAAAUCUCUCUCUAAAGAAUCUCCAAGGAGAAGUGGAAACAAGAGAAGAUGUAUGGUGAGGUGCUGUAACCGUUGUUCAGGAAAUAGGCAGAAGCUUGAGAUUCUUCUGAAAAGAUCCACUUUUGAGCCCGAAGAAUUUGAGUUGUAUAGGCGAUAUCAGGUGAAAGUGCAUGAGGACAAUCCAGACCAUAUCACAGGGAGUGCGUACAGGAGUUUUUUGGUUGACACGCCAUUGGUAUUUGUUCCCUCGACCAGCGGUGGUUCAGUUCCUCCCUGCGGUUUUGGGUCUUUCCAUCAGUCAUAUGUUAUUGAUGGCCGAUUAGUUGCAGUUGGUGUGGUGGAUAUCCUUCCUAAAUGCUUGUCGAGUAAAUAUUUAUUUUGGGACCCUGACUUUGCCUUUUUAUCUUUGGGAAAAUAUUCGGCUUUGCAAGAAAUAUCUUGGGUGAAGGAGAAUCAAGUUCACUGCCCCAGUCUUCAGUAUUAUUACCUUGGCUAUUACAUUCAUUCAUGCAGCAAGAUGAGAUAUAAAGCAGCAUAUUGGCCAUCUGAGCUUCUAUGCCCCCUCCGUUACCAGUGGGUUCCCUUCAACAUUGCAAAGCCUCUGCUCGAUAGAAGUAAGUAUGUUGUCCUGUCAGAUUAUAAAGACCAAGAUGAAAAGCCAGUGCUGCCUCCAGUUUCUGAUCAUAUCAGUGAACAUCAGCACGAGGAAAGUGAGCAUAAGGACUUGAAUGAUCGUUUAGUUGGAGAUGAAGAAAUGUUUGAUGUUGAUGAGGAAGAUGUUGAAUCAGAAAGUGAAAGCUCUAAUGUAGAACUCUAUAAAACGGAGGAUAGGGAUAUUGGAAAUGCUCUAAUAGGAUUACCGGGGUCUCGCCUGAGAUACAAGGAUCUGCGAGGGGCCUUUGGUCUUGCUGAGCGGAAAUACCUGGAAGCCCAAGUGCAGAGGUACGUGAGAGUGGUUGGUCGAGAGUUGUCUGAGCGAAUGGUCUAUUCACUUGGUCACCGAGGAGGAGGAGGAGGACGACGACGCCGGUGGCUUCGCUUCCUGGGAUGGUUUUUUCUCGGAGCAUGCACCGGCCGAUCGUCUGGUCUACGCCGGCCAGGGAGUUCUCGAUGGACGAGGCGGACGGCCCGGUUUUGCUGCCCCUGAUGGGGAUGCAGCCUGAGGAACGAUUUGCUUUGAGAGAGCGGAGGAGGCGAGUCUCGCGAUGUAGCAGAAUUUUGAGUCUGAGUUUUUGUUCUAUGAUCAUUCUGUCUGGGGAGAGAUAUCUUGUGGUCAUAUCACUGUGGUGAUUUGAAGAGCUUCGUGCUCUGAUUAUAAGUGUAGUGCGAUGAUUAGGUUAAAGGGCAAUACCGAUGAUUCUCGUGCUAUGAAAGCGAUGCUGUUAUCGCUGAGUCAAGUCAGGGAAAAUAGAUUUCUAGAAAGAGAAAGCCGCACUUUUGAGCUAAUAGAGGGAUUUUUUUUUUUCUUUUUUUUUUGCUGUUAGAGCAUCUUAGUACUGUUUUCACGUAGGAUCACUUCAGAUGACCUCGUAGUGGUGCUAAUUCUGUGGGAAAAAUGAUGAUCUUUGCAAUGCUUCAGAGAUUGAAUUCGCAA